AUGCACUCUUCGUGUGCGGGUAUUCAAGUAGUCGCCCGAAAAACGGCGACUACUGCUCCUCUCCGAUCACAAACGCGAGUACGACAAUUUUGCAACGCGUCGUCAUCGUCGAACGGGGACAACGAUGAGUGGCGAAAACUUCGUAAACGAGAACUCUCCGAAACGCACGAAAAGGCGAGGAAAAUGAUUCAGCGGGGAAGUCGAUUGAUGGACCGCUUAAAAAAUCUCGAAAUUGGCGCGAAACUGGCGAUGAAACGGAACGACGAGACGCAGUUACGACAGAUUGCGAGAGAUAGGGUGGUGGUGAAAGACGGUUUGAAAGAGUUGGUGAGGAAAAUUGAAGCGCAGAGAGAGUUUGCGGAAGCUUUGGAGAAGGUUUUGGACGAUGAGUGCGAUGGUAAAAGGACUGGGCGUGCUUCGUAUUUACCGUACGAAACCGAGGAGGAAAUCGAGGAGAAGUUUCGAAAGCUGGAGAGGCAACAGGAACGCUUAAAAGUAGAUUGGCUGGAAAACUUAUGA